GUUACCUCCACCACACACCGUCUGCCCACGACAUCGUAACAUCUUCAUACAAGAAGUCUCCAAUCUCUGGACUUGAAUGGCUCCCCCCAGCAGGCGCUUCUCCGACUCUACAUUCCUCCACCUCUGGGCGAGCGCCCUCGGGACCAUCUUCGUCGCAUUCGGCGUGAACGCGAUCGCUCGCCCGGCGCAUGCGCUGACUUUCUUCGAGUGGGACCUGCCGUCCGCUUCGUCGGAGCACAGGAAGGUUGUCGAGGGACUGAUGAUCGUGUAUGGUGCACGCGACGUGUUCAUGGGCCUUGCGAUAUACGCCGCGGCGUGGUACAGGGCCACGCGCGCGCUCGGGUGGAUUGUGAUUGCGGGGAGUGGGGUCGCAUACGUGGAUGGGAUUGCGUGCUAUCUGGCUGGCAAGGGAGAGUGGAAUCAUUGGGGGUAUGCGCCGAUGUUGACAGUUGUCGGGGCGUUGUUAGCAGGUGUUUUGGAUCGGGCGUAGGAUGAUUUUAGGAUAUCAUGUUGAGGAAGUGUCAAGAGAAAUAUUAGACUCUGGGCGGAAAAGACAAGUGAC